CAUUAAGUAUUGCAUAAUAUCAUCAUAAGCUAGAACUUUAUAAAAAAGGGUAGUGACUAGUGAGAGUAUACAAUUACAAGUUAAUUAAGCAUGAAAAUGAAGGUGGUGUUGUUGGCAGUAAUGUUGACAACAAUAUCAAUUAGACCUUCACUAGCACAAGACGAUGAAGUCGAAAACGCGGGGUGUUGGCUCAAAAUAUCGAGCUGCCUUGGUGAUAAUGAUGUAGCAUUGUGUUGUCCAAUUAUACAGCAAGAAAUAGACGAUGAAAGAGACUGCUUUUGUUUGAUGAAAGAAACUGCGCUACAAAAUGCAACUAUUGAUGCUUCCUUCUCUACUAUUCUUACUUUUUGUGAUAUUUCUGGUUCUUUUCAGACCUUAUGCCCUGACGGUCCUCCUACGAGUUCUACCCCUACUACCGAAGUAACAAUUCCAGCAUCAGAUGAGUCACUACCAACAGAUGUUGGCGAAUGUUGGCAUAGAAUAUCAGAUUGUACAGAUUCAAAGUCUGAUUCUUUAGAUUGUUGUCCGAUCGUUAAACAAGCAAUAGCAGAUGAAAGGGAGUGCUUCUGUAGUAAUUCCGAUGCCGACAUCUUCUUUCAGUAUCUGGCGCUUUGUGAAAUUCGCGACUCUUUCGACACAAUCUGCCCUAGUAGUGCUAGCCAUGGGACAACAGCCAAGAUACCAAAGAGCGCAAAGCCCCUAAACAUAAAAGGAAGUACCAACAAUAAUGUUGCACUUUCUGUUGGUUUACUUCCCACUUCACUCUUAAUUAUUUUGGCCUUAAGUUCCUUGGUUUUAAAAUGACUAUGACAUCCUCAUUUUAAGAAUUUUGAUUUGUGCAAGCAUUUGUUCAAUAAUAUAUAAACACUUCCAUAUAUAAUUACAGUGAUGAUUUA